GCCCAUUUCCCAUUUAGCUCGGCCCAGUUGUCCGGCAACAUCUUCAAAAUCGACGUCGCGAGAGACAACCGAGAUUCUAAGCCUCACUUUUCUACACAACCUCAAUUGGACUCCCCACACACGUCAAUUGAACAUAACAAUUGCAAUGCGACCUUCUCAGGCUCUGAUGGCCGGCGGUGGCGGCCCUCUUGGCAAGCAUGGAAAGUUUCUAGGUGAAUGGGGUAACUUCGGUGGCCAGCCGCAGAAGGGUAUCAUUAGCUACGUCCUGAGCGCAAACAAGCAAAACCCGUUCGCCGGCGCCGCGCAUGCUGCUAUCUUCAACACCUGGCGACGAUUCAGCGCCCAGGUCCUCUACGUCGCUCCCCCGAUGAUUUUCUUCUACUACACUAUGUCGUGGGCCAUAGAUCGAAACCACUUCCUCAACUCCAAGCAAGGCCGCGCGGAAUUCAGCGAAUAAUAAGGGGUAGAGAUGGACCUGAUAGACAAGUACGGUUAGAGGUCAAACUAUCGCGUGUAGACAAAACCUUGUAUACCUAUGAAUAGACAGGCACAAGAAUCACGAAUAUCAAGCUCUUUUCAUUUGUCUGUAUUGUCAUAUGGCUAAGUCCUAGUGAUGUCCGUCGAGCUAUAUUCUAAGUUACUAAGUUAGCUUUCAAACCAAUCAAAUCCAAUUAUACGAUACAGCAUAUACUGUUACAAUAAUCAAGAAUAUAUUAUACAAAUUUGAGC